CCCUCAAAAGCCUAACUUUCUCUCUCUAAACUAUUUAGCACUGUAUCCACUUACGUGUCUCCUUCUCUCUCUACCUGAGGAGAGCGUUGGGACGUUAAAAACUACAAAAUUCUGUGAUUCAGACACAUCCUACGCCAUAAAGCUUCGAACUUUGCCCCGGCUUUUUGGGCUGCCGGCACCUGUCCAUGGCUUCUUCCGUUGCUUUUCCGGCGGCUUCCGUGGCCCGGACCCGGAAAGGAAAUGGCGAAUUCUCGCUAUCGGGUCGUCGCCGGCAGCUGUGGAAGGUGCCGCAGAGGCUGUGCGUUCGGUCUUCGCUGGACUCAAAUGUUUCAGACAUGAGCGUUAAUGCUCCAAAGGGCUUGUUCCCUCCAGAGCCUGAACAUUACAGGGGGCCGAAGCUGAAAGUGGCAAUCAUAGGAGCAGGGCUUGCGGGUAUGUCGACUGCGGUCGAGCUUUUGGAUCAAGGCCACGAGGUGGAUAUAUAUGAUUCAAGGUCCUUCAUUGGUGGGAAAGUCGGUUCAUUCGUUGAUAAACGUGGAAACCACAUCGAAAUGGGUCUGCAUGUCUUUUUUGGCUGCUACAACAAUCUUUUUCGUUUGAUGAAGAAGGUGGGUGCAGAGCAAAAUUUGCUUGUGAAGGAUCACACCCAUACCUUUGUGAACAAAGGUGGUGAAAUUGGCGAACUUGAUUUUCGGUUUCCUGUUGGAGCUCCACUGCACGGGAUUCGUGCAUUCUUGACGACAAAUCAACUGAAGACUUAUGAUAAAGCCAGAAAUGCCGUUGCUCUUGCACUGAGUCCAGUUGUGAGGGCUCUAGUCGAUCCAGAUGGAGCGCUGAAGGACAUACGUGGUUUGGAUAGUGUAAGCUUCUCUGAUUGGUUUAUGUCCAAGGGUGGCACACGGAUGAGCAUCCAGAGAAUGUGGGAUCCUGUUGCCUAUGCCCUUGGAUUUAUCGACUGUGACAACAUCAGCGCUCGUUGUAUGCUCACAAUAUUUGCGUUGUUUGCCACCAAAACAGAGGCUUCUCUACUACGCAUGCUCAAGGGCUCUCCAGACGUUUACUUGAGCGGCCCAAUUAGGAAGUACAUUACAGACAGAGGAGGCAGGUUCCAUCUUAGGUGGGGAUGCAGAGAGAUACUCUAUGAUAAAUCGGCUGAUGGAGAGACAUACAUUGCAGGACUUGCUAUUUCUAAAGCUACCAAUAAAAAAGUUGUGAAAGCUGAUGCUUAUGUAGCAGCGUGUGAUGUGCCUGGCAUCAAGAGACUUCUUCCAACACAAUGGAGGGAAUGGGAAUUCUUCGAUAAUAUUUAUCAGCUAGUUGGCGUGCCUGUUGUCACGGUGCAGCUUCGGUACAACGGCUGGGUAACGGAGUUGCAGGAUCUAGAGAGGUCAAGGCUAUUGAGGAAAGCUGCCGGGUUAGACAACCUUCUCUACACUCCAGAUGCGGAUUUCUCUUGCUUCGCAGACCUAGCGCUCGCUUCUCCAGAAGAUUACUACAUUGAGGGACAAGGUUCCUUGCUCCAAUGUGUUCUGACACCGGGUGAUCCGUAUAUGCCUUUGCCGAAUGAUGAGAUCAUCAAAAGAGUCUCUAAGCAGGUCCUCACAUUGUUCCCGUCAUCUCAAGGCUUAGAAGUGACUUGGUCAUCUGUCGUUAAAAUCGGACAAUCUCUCUACCGAGAAGGUCCCGGUAAAGAUCCAUUCAGACCUGAUCAGAAGACACCCAUCAAAAACUUUUUCCUCGCCGGCUCAUACACAAAGCAGGAUUACAUCGAUAGCAUGGAAGGCGCCACCUUAUCCGGGAGGCAGGCUUCAGCAUAUAUAUGCGGUGCUGGGGAAGAGCUGGUGGCUCUGCGAAAGAAGAUAGCCACCGCUAUCGAUUCUCAAGUCCAAGCGAAUGCUCUUUAUACCAAGGACGAGCUAAGUCUUGUCUAAUACGUAGGCCAUUGAUUUUACGUGGAUGAGAAAGGUGACAUAGCCGGAGGCGCAUUGAUCAUGAUGUAAACUGCAUCCUGAACAUUGUACAAGUAGGAAGCAUCCAUAAAUCAUGAAACCGAUAGCGUAACAGGCAUUGUAUUUCGGGGCUUUUUCAAUGAAGGAAAUUGGUGGGGUUUGAUCA